AUGUCAAAUAUUAUAUUUACUAAUAUAGCGAUAGACGUAACAAUUGGUAUCGAUUUAGGAUCCUUUAAUGUUAUUAAGAAUCAACCAUUUAAAGGUAUUGUAAAUAUUCCACAUAUUAAUGGUACAGAUUUGCAUGUGAUUCAUUUUCAACAUGUUAUAAAGGAGAAUCACGAUGGAGAUAGUGAUGGAACAAAUGAUGGUGCAUGGUUAAGAUAUGGUUAUUGGUUUACUCGUGGUAAUUAUUAUGUUGUGUAUAAUGAAAAUCAAGAAUUAUAUGAAAUAUUUCAAGAGAAUGAUGCUAUUAAAUAUGAAUUAGUUAUGAAAGAAUAUAUUUCUAGAAAUAUGGUAAGUGAAUAUCCAAAGAUUGAUGAAGAAAAUAGAUGGGAGAUUUUAAGUGAUAAAAUCAAUUGGUCAAUAGUUAAAUCAAUAAUAAUUCCUGAGAAAGAAAAUAAUUUUGUUUAUGUAGAUUCAUCGAUGACUACAUUAGAAGAAAAUGAUUUAUUACAUCGAACCUUAAUAAAAGAUGGACAUUUUGAUGAUAAUGAAAAUAAUAACAAUAACAAUAACAAUAACAAUUUAAAUGAUAUAUUUCAUUAUACUAGAAUUAAAUUUAAAUCAAAGGAAGCAAUUCGUGAUAAUUAUAAAAUGGAAGAUUUUCAAGAUAAAUCAUUUUAUUUUAAUGAAAUUAUAAUUAAUAAAAAAUUUAGUGGUGAAAAAAACAAUUUUAUUGGAGAGUUACAAUUUUCAUUUUUAAAUUCAAUAUUAUUUGGUAAUUAUGGAUCAAGUUUGCAAUGGCAUAAUAUGAUUGAAUUAAUUUGUCAAUCAUCAAAUAUAAAUAAAAAUUUUAUUAAAUUUUUAGAUAAUAUUUUAUCAGUGGAAAUUAAUUUAAUACCAAAUGACUAUAAAGAUAUAUUAAUUAAUGAAAAAUUAUGGAUAUCUUUAUUCAAGGAAUCAUUUCAAAAAGAUAAUUUACCAAAGACACACAGUAUGCUAAUUAAACAUCAUAUUAUAGAAACAGAAACUCAACACGAACAGGAACAAGAACAAGAACAAGAUGAUGAAAUUGACGAAAUUAAUUAUGAUGAGGAUGAAGAAACGGAGUAUCAUAGAUUAGAUAGUUCAGAAGAUGAAGAUGGUCCUACUAUAGUACAAGGAAUAUACUAUGGUUGA